AUGUCUCUUUACACUCUUUUCGCUGCGGGUCUUCUCGCCCAGUUCGCAAACGCGUACACCGUCAUCCAAAUCCCUCCUCCUUUCAUGGAAAAGAACAUCGAUCCCAUUGUCUUCCCUGGAGAGUUCGACAAGUCGCAUCUUCACUCUUUCUAUGGCUCCGACGCCGUUGUCGCUGGCACCAAGACCAGUGCUGAACUCCAGAAGGGUUGCACCACCGCCGAGAACCCCAACGAUCUGUCGAGCUACUGGGUCCCUACUUUCCUAUACACCAAGGAUGGCAAGAACUACGAGCCCGUACCCGUCUUUCGCUUCAGCGCCUACUACAACUUGGGCGAAACCCCCGCCGAGGUUGCCAUUCCGCAAGAUCUGACGAUGGUUGCUGGCAAAGCCGGCGCCAUGACUCAAUCAGCCAUGGACGCCAACGCAAAAUCCGAGUGGGCCUGCGAGAGCGAAAGCGUCGCUCUCGACGCCAACGGUUUCCCCUCCAAGACUUGCUCUACCCACGUCCAGCAACUCCUCUACUUCCCCCAGUGCGUCAACGAGCAGACCCUCGAGACCGGCUACAAGAGCCGUGAGCACGGAACCCCCAACUGGUGCCCUGCUGGCAUGAAGUCAAUGCCCCAACUCCGAUUUUCCAUCCGCUACGAUCUCCGCAAGGCCCUGCCUAACGGCUGGUCUGGUACCGCGCCCUUCAAGCUGGCUUGCGGACCUGCUUGGUGCUCUCACGGUGACUUCAUCAACGGUUGGGUUCCUGAGGCUGCCCAGAACAUGGUCGGUACUACCAGCGAGAAGCAGCAUUUUGCUCCCGUCAACGGUCCUCUUGGCGACUACAAGGCCAAGUCUUCUUGCAAGGCUGCUGAUGCUGACCCGAGCCAUGGCACUAGCAACUAUGCUGAGAGUGUUGCCGCUAUGGCUAAGCGCAGCGUUGGCGCUUGGGGCUGGGAGACCAGAUCCAGGCUCGCUCGUCUGGUCAAGGGCGCUUAG